UGUUUCUGCAGCAGAGGGCAGGGGCACAGCAUGCCAGCGUGGCUGCACGCACAGCAGCCCGGCAUUUACAGUCCUAUCUGACUUCAUUGUCCCAAAAAAGAUUAAAUGAUCAAGCUGCUCCACUUUCCAAAGAUUUUUCCCUCCCAUCCAUCAGCACCCCCCAGCCUCUGGUGCUGAGCAGCCCACUCGUGCCCCAGCCCUGGGCUCAUGCCUGAACCGCUCCAACAGAUGAGCGAGCAGAGCGUGCCCGCGCAGCCCCGGUGCGGUGCCCCUGCCCAGGGCUGCAGCGGUGGAGCUGGAUUGUCCCCGUAAUGACGGCUCGUGCUUUUUCUAGGUACAGCAGAGGGCGGCAGAGACAUAACAGGGGGCAGCCAAGGCCAAAUUCUCUGUCACUUCUGGUCUCCCACCCAAUAUGUGGGUGCUGUGCCAGGGUGCUCUCUGGAACCAGGGCUAAAGGAAGGAGCAUGCUGAUGGGCUGCUCGAAACACCGUGCAGGGAGGAUUCAACGGCAUGCAAGCCAUUUCAGAGCAUGGAGUGAUGGGUCCUGCUGGAAAGAGCUUUCUGAUGGCACAGCUGUGAGUGAAACCAGCACAACAUGUUCAGUGUUGAGGACCUCCUGAUUUCUCAUGGAUACAAAUUGUCAAAAAAUCCCCCUGUUUCAUAUGAGAACAGGUAUGAUGGAUACCGGCAUGAAAUCACGGGGAACAGAUCUGCUCAGAGAACGCUGAAUGGGUUUGAGGCAGAAUCGAGAGCUGGGGCUUACAGCAAGAAACCUCUGGUGAAAACCAACUCGAGCAGCACUGAGAGCAGCCAUGGGAGCCAAGGGAGGCAAGCUGGUCCUGGUUAUCACCAUGACCUUCAGGGUUUGUCCACUUUUCAUACUUCAGAAGGGGGGGUUUAUGACAGGCCUCAAUUAGCAUGGUCUUCCCAGCCCAAGACUGAUAAAGAUCUUGCCUACUGGAGAAGACGAGGACAGGACUUCAGUGUGCUCCUAGGCUAUUCCCAGAAAGCCGGUGUGGAAAUGAAAGGCCUGGCUGCAGCCCCGGGGGCAGCCCGGCACCCCAAGGAGAGUCAGCUGAAGGUGGGGACAGGCGCAGGGUACAGCAGAAGAAGCGGCUUGCAGGAGAGCUGCAAAGUGCCCAGCGACUGCACAUGGCAAAGUCUGGGAAUGGAAAGCUGGAACCAGCCAAAAAAGGUGGGGAGGCAAAUGUCUGAGGGUGACAGGGAGAAGCUGCUUCAAGAGCUGUAUUCACUGACCCUGGGAGACAGCGUACUGAGCACCCACAACAAAGGGAAAUCGCAGUCGUUGCCGAGGGUCCUUUCACCCGAGAGCAUGAGGUGCGUGGAAAUGCCCUCCCUGACCAACAGUAACAACUCGCUCAGCGUAACUAAAACCCCCUCCUAUCCCCCAAACAGACUGAGUGUGGAACCAGCCAAGCACCACGAAACGGGAGGCCAUUUCCUUCCCCUGGUGAAACCCAAGUAUGGGAGACCUCUCAAGCCUCCAUCCUACGAACUGCAGCGGCAGACCAGGGCACCUGCGGAAACCACAGGUUUCCAGGACCACUACCACAAAGAUGAACCCAUCUCCUGCUUAGCCAAAGUUAAUGAGCCAAGGCAAGAUGCUUGCAUUCAAGACUCUGGUUUGGAGCCCCCGGUCUAUGUACCUCCUCCUUCUUACAAAUCCCCACCUCACCAAAACGUGACCCCACAUCCCCUCAGUGAAGUGCCUAACACCGACAUGUACGCCAGCAGCGAUCAGCAGAGUCCUGCAGAGCGGGUUGUCCCCUGCCAACGACCAGCCGUGAACACUUUUGAAGCGGGGGGUGACCCUUGCAAAGACAACCAUCUUCCUCACAGGAAGCAAAGCCAUGCAAGGCGCCCUGCUGACUACCUGCGUUCUGUUCAGUAUAUUCCCUUUGAUGAUCCUCGGAUACGACAUAUUAAAAUUGCACCACCAGAAGGUCUGCAGGACAGCGCUAAAUACACUGAAAAUGCAUGUAGUCCCAGUUCUGGUGCUUUGCAAGAGAGAGAUCUUGAAGUACAGUACAACAGUGCCUUUUUGGAUGCAUCAAACUUGUCCAAAUCUGCAAAGGGAGAAAGAACUUCCGACAGCUCCACCCAUAGCAACAGAUGGUUGGCACCAUCCAUCCGAGAUCAGGAAAACUGUGCCUUGCUGGACCAAAGAGACAGUUGUAGCACAACUAAUCACAGCCCCCGUAACGAAGCCAGCGCGGAGUACACAAAAGGCAAACUUUCUGUAAGAAAUUCACAUAUGGACAGCACCUGUGAGACUGUUACAAAAGUGAAAAAGAUUGAACCUGGAACUGGGAUGCAGAGCAAAAAGAGUUCAAAGAAAAAAAUGAAUGAAACUAUAUUUUGUUUGGUCUCUAUCCCAGUUAAAUCAGAAUCCAAUCUGCCAGAUACAGAUAGGAACAACAACAUAACCCAGAGCCCUGAUAAGAAUGGGUUUGAUAACAAUGGAGCUUUGCAAGAACAAAGUCUCUUAAGUAUGUCUUCAACGGACUUGGAGUUACAAGCACUUACAGGAAGCAUGACCAAUAAAAAUGAGUUACAAAAACAAGAGCUGUGGAGACCAGAGGAGUUCAAACAAAUGAAUGACCUCAGAUUUAUUCAGCCUACAAAACACAGAGAGCUCAAAUACUCUGGCUCCUGGCCAGGUGAUCAGUACAAAGACCAACAGACACAGACCAGUUUCGCCGAAGAACCUAAAAGCCCACAAUUUUUACAUGGUACAAAGCCUGGGCAGCCCAACAGUAACAAACUGCUGUCUCCAAAGCUUCUAGGAUGUACAGCAUCCAUGACAGGGUCAAAACAGACAGCGUUACCUUCUGAUGAGAGAAGCUGCAGACAGAGCGCUUACGGUAUGAAGGGUCAGAUGUACCUCAGCCAGUCUAGCAACAGUGCGUUUUCCAGGACUGCCACCUCAGUCCUUCAGGCCCCCUCCCUAAAAGCCCACCAGAGCCAGCCCAUGCCCCUCCAGGAGAGGGAAACUGGCCUUCUUUCCAAGGUGGAUGUAGUUAAGGGAGAAGCAGGUGUUGCCUGCAACAGUAAAGAGCUGUUUGGGCAGUUCCUGUUGAAGCCUGUAAGUCGCCGUCCCUGGGACGCAAUAAGUGAGCUGGAAAGUUUUAACAAGGAGCUGCAAGGGCAGGAGGAGAGCACAAGCAGUGAAGAAGAUUUGGAAAGUGCUGCGGCUUCUCCGCAGGCAGGUGCCCUUAUGCAGAGGAGGGUGUCCAGAAAUGAGAAGUCAAACCAGGAGCCAAAACAUGGUGGGAAAUCGGCAACGGUUGUGCCAGAGGUGCCUGUAUUUAAGUCAGGAAGAGUUAAAAGUAAGUCUGAAAGUUGGAGUGUGGGGACGGAGCAUGGUGGUGAGCCAGGCUGCACUGGCUCUCAAGGCUCCUCGCAGCCAGGAGGGAGCAGUGAAGGAGUCGGGCCAGCAGAUGGAAGUCUGAUAACAGAAAUGAGGACAGGGGAAGCCAAGAGCAGAACAAGCAAACAGCCAGUUCCUGUGGGCCCUCUCAACAGAGUUUUGUCCAGUAGCCCAAGCAGUUCAUGUCACAGUAAUCCUUUCAAUAACCCUGUCUUGCAGGAGAUGAGUGAAGACCAAAAUUACCUAGACUUUGUUAAACUGAGCAAAGGUGCAACUCCCACAAAUGAUACGGUAUUAGAGAAAAGCUCGGUAGUACGCUUGUCACUAACAAAGAGGAACCAAGGGCGCUCUGAGCCGGAUUUGAGGUCAGUGGGACUUGAUGUAGCCCCAGGACAUGGUGCUAACAGUUCUGAUCACUCUUCAAAUGCAAAGGCAGUGGAAAUCCCUGUGAAUGAGUCAUUGCAGGCAAGAGCUGCAAGAAUUUUAGGUAUAGAUAUAGCAGUAGAGUCUCUCCUUCCAGCUGACCACGUUGGGCCCCAGCCAGGCACUCGCCCUGCAAACAGUGCCCAGGACUUCAAGUCAUCAGUGGGGAGCACAGUAAGUGACAAAGAAGGAAAAAAAGAGGGUUCUUAUGAAGGCAGACGAAAGUGUGGCUGGACAGAGAGUGCUCUCUUUGUGGGAGUGGGAGGCCAAUCUUUAUAUCCUGAUGAAUGCCAGACCACUCACCAGGAAGCCAGCACUAAAACACUGGUAACUGAGCAAGUUCUUGAACAACCUGCAAGUCCCAGCCAAGGUGAGGACCAAAACUUUGUUUGCAAGUCAGCUGUGUAUCAGCAUUCAGAAAAGAGAAUGAGAAACACCUCAAAGGUGAUAGAGACACUGCAAGGCAAGCUCACUUCUCCACCUAGCCGGACUGCCAUGGAUCGCUUAGUGCGAAUGAAAGAAGUUGACUCUGUGUCCCGAAUGAGACGUCUGAGCAUUAAGAGCGCAGACUCGGGAGAGGAGGUGGAUGAGGAGAAGCUGUUGAGGGUACAGGAGGAGAGAGGAAGCAAACUGGCAAGCUCAGGGGCUGUUUCCAAGCGUGUUAUCUCUCUCAGUGAAAAUGGAUAUUUAGGUGGAAUGGACAAGAAGAAGAUCGACAGAGAUUUUUCUUUAGGUAAGACCCUAUUAUGGGGGAUCCAAAUGAGUACUGCUUCCUUAUGUAAUGGCCAUGAUCGGUUUGCAUAUGCCCACAUAAUGCUGCUCAAAUAGUAACAGGCUGUGGGUGGUACUACCUCCGUCUGGUUGCCACUCCCUUUGCUCUCCUUGUGGAAGAGAUAGCGUGAGUGUUCUCUGAUCCCAUUUUAGGAAAAGUUACUGUAAAACUCACUUGUGAUACUGAAACUCAUUCACAGAGACUGAAGCGCUCCCUGAGGUCUUAUCUCUAUCUAAUUGUUUCAGGGAAUGGCCAGCUUCAAACAGCAGAGUUCAAAGAUAGUCACUCUAGUGCCAGUGUUUGGGAACAUGUGAUUUAAUUACAGCCUCUCCUUGAAUACCCAUUUUUUUCCCUCUCUAAUACUUAAGUAGACACAUACUAUAUCAGAGUUAAGAAGAAACUAAAAAUAAAAAUCUGAUGUUCUUCUGCAAAACCUCUGGGAAAUGGCUGCAUUAAGGGGCCUGGAAAAUUCUCUCUCUCUCUCAUGAAUAUUUUCCAGAUCAGAUGUUGAGAAUAACUGUUAUCCCCAGGUCAAAUGGAAAGUUGACUUUUUCAGUGAACACCUUUUUUUUUUUUUUUUUUGGUGUUCCUCAUCUUUCAGAAACAUAUAAACUUGUGUAGUCCAUAUGCAUCCCCAAAGUAACAUGAGCUGUUCUCUCUCUGAAACAGUUUUCAUAUGGCAUUGUGUUGAACAACUGAAAAUCAGUUGUUGCCAUAGAUUUGUGUAAAGGGAUAAAUCUCCCAGGCCACCUGUCUAGUCCAUUAAAUUAAUUGGAGUGAGCAAAUGUAUGGUGUGAAAGUUGUUAAAUUAAUACUAAUCUCCUCCUUCCUUUUUCCAUCCUCUCUGUAACAGCUGACACUCUACCUUGAAGUCUUUACAGGUUGUUCAUUAAACCUCAUCGAUAUAAAUCUGUUCACAGUUUUCCAGUACAGAGGGAGUGAAAUGAAAUGGACCAUACUUUAAAGUGGAUUUAUGUAUUUCCAUCCAAAGAGAAAUAUUUGUUUGAGUUCUAAGUAUUGACUUCUGCAGUCUUGCAGCCUUUCCCUUCAUGUCUUUUUCUGUAUCCCACAGCUCUGUGUCUUUUGCUGCUCUGAACUGUAUUUCUCUAGACCAGAUUUUCCAAACAGGCUAAUUCAGCUUUCUUGUACCCAUCAGGUCUAGUACACCCCACAUGCAUUUCAUAUGCUUUCCUCCCUUGGGGUUUCUGCUGGAGUGAAGAAAAUAACUGUUGUGGUGACAUGACUUCAGGGAUGUAUCAAAAGAGAUUGUGUGUGUUUCAUUGGAGAGUUAUUCUGCAGUAAAUUAGGUCUAAAUUUAUCCCUCUUGCUGACAAUGCCAGGCUUGUAUUCUGCAGUGUGUUCCCAUUGCAGCAGUUCCCUCGCAGAUGUAACAGCCCUCCCCACGACUGGAUAGCGUGGAUGUCCCUUCCUGCUGUGUACAUCCAGUACUGCAGGGUAACACGCACUCACACAGGGCGGGAAGGCAUCUCCUCCACUGGCUUCUUCCCAUCCAAAAAACUCCUGAUUUGUGGAUGGCCACAAGAUCUUCACCUUACCUUAAUGGAGCAGGACUGAAGAUUCAUGUUUGUAGAAAGGCCCAAUGUUGUGUCUUCCUCUGUUAACUCACUCCAACUUCCAGACUAGGUCACUGGUACCAUUGAAAGCCAAAACGAGAAUCCUGGAAAACCAUUGUAUUUGUUGCUUUUAAAAUGUAAAUAUUGCUAAAGGUCAUUCUAUUUGGAGCGAGGUAGGGUGAUGUUAAUCUUAUAAUUGCAGACUGAGCCUGUCGUAGAGGCUAGAGGCCUUAGCAGAAGCAGGUUUUCACAUGUCUAAUGCAGCUUGGCAGAUGAACAGUCAUCUCUCAGAGUGAGAGCUCUGCCGAAACUCAGUGCAAGAAGCUGAUCUUACUAUGCAAAUACUGCCAUUAGAAGAACAUCGCCAAAUGUUCCCAAAUGCACUGGAUGUCUUUUCUCCUUUGCUGUUUGAAGACUGCUUCCAUGAGGCUGCUGAUCUGGCUUUGUUUCCGUAGAGAACAAUUCAAAUGAGCUUAACCAAAUGUUGAAUAAACAUUUCUGUAUCAGUGCUAGAACUCCAAAGUUUGUCCCCCCAGCACUGUUAUGUAGCCUAGCAGUCUGCCCUUUUGUGUCCUCGGUUUAGGUGCUGAGGGUGUGGGUAAGCUUUCAAGGAAUAAACUGAGCCAUGCAGAGGCUCCAUGUCUUGUGGCCUGAUUUUCUCCCCCCUGCCACUCCCUGAAACAGUGAGUACCUGCAAUUUUGUGGGGAGUUCUGUUAGUGUGAAUGUGUCUGGUCUUAGGAAAAUCAGGCUUCUGAAAUGUGAAUCCAUUUUUAUUCUUAGGUAGACCUCACACAGAAGAGUUCAGAAUUUUUGUACGUUCUAGCAGUUUAGAUGGCAAAUUAUUUACAAUUGAAAAAAUGUUACUGCUUUACAGGCAUCUUCCCACACCAUCAGUGCAUUAAGCUUAGAAAGAUGCAGCGUUAUCCUGGAGUGCACUAGCCCUCAAAAACUUUUUAUCUCUUGAUUUUUUUGCAUUCGUGUGGUGUCUGUUCUUGAAGUUUGGAAAUAUCAGAAGAGGUUGAAUAGUGAUGAGCAGUUCUGAAAACAUAGGUGUUGCUGGCACAGACUCCUUUCUUGGCUGGCCUAGCAAUUUGAGGAGAGUGGGCAAGAGAAGCGAUAAAGGAUCCUGCACCAGGAAUCCACCCACUGGGCCCAAAUGCAGAAGUUCUUUCUUAGCCAGUCCCCCCUUGAUGUGAGUCUGGAUGCUGCAGAUGGACACUUGCACACAGGAGUAAAAAUUUCCCUCUGAGGAUUUUUAUGCUUGUUUGAAUGAAGACAUUCACUCACAUCAACAUAAAAGUCCUGAGGGUGAACGUUUUACUCCAAAGUGUGAUAUUUAUGUGUGCAACUAUUUUCAUGCUCAACUGUUUAAAUGUGAUGCUGUGGGAGUACAGCCUACAGGAGGGACGUUUAAGGUUAGCACAAAUACCCAGGUUGCAUAAGAGCAGCAAGUAGCACAUGAUAGCACGGGCUGCAGUGCCGGUUUGUCCAGGCCCCUGUGUGCCUACAGACGCCUCUGUAGAUAGCCCUGGUUCCUCCAUGCCAUGACCAUGCAUCCCAAGGAGCCUAGGGUAAGUCAGACAUGUGCAUGAUGGUACAGGGCAGGCAGAUCUCACAAGGCAAAGCCCUUUCAUUGCAGUCCUAUCCCAGAGUCACAAGGGUGAAGGAAAAGGCUCUUAUCUGCUCACUUCAUGGCCAAUGCUGGGGUAAAUCCAAUUAAAAAAUCUGAUAGAAGAGUGUCCUUGGGGAUUCUGGAAAAGAAAAAGUGUGGCCUGUUCUGUGAACUGACAAGAGGUAGGCUGAAAAUGAAGACCAAUGUUAGUAAGGCAGUCCAGUGCUUUAGUGAAUAAUGUUCAAAAUGUGAGCUGCAGUUUUGCUGACUGAAGCGAGACAGUCUGACCAUAAGUGAUGCAACACAGCUGUGCUUUCCUGCAUUCUGUUGAAUUAAUCUGAAACCAAGGAUGUGCAAUGAAAUGAAAAGAUCCUAAUGACUGGAUGGCAUCAUCACUUCUUCAGCCAGCCUUAAACACCCUGCUAGGAUGCUUAAAGCAUUUACUUGUACUUAGUGUUCAGUACAAGGGGGAGCAAAUCUUACAUCUUUCUCUCCCUGUCAAAGCAUCUGAAAACCAGAAGUAAUCACUUAGCAUUCAGUGCGCUUGUUCCUACCUACCCAAGGCUUCCCAAAUUCUAUCUCCAUGCAUUUGAUCCAAGUUGCUCCCAAAUUACACUGGUGUAAAUAGAGAAUUUGGGUCAGGACUGUAGUAUGUGUCUUUAAGGCUGUAAGUCCAGUAUUAGCUUCUUUUUUUAAUAAAAACUAGGGAAAAGAUGUCUCAUUUCUGCAGCUAGCAAUGAUGUUGAAUAGAUUUCACAAUACAUUAUUAAUAG